AUGAAGUCGUGCUAUCCCUACAGUUCCGGAAGCGCGUUGGACCCGUGGUGUGCCGCUCUCAUUGAAUUAGUUAAUGGCCGGCUGCAAGUCCCCGUGACACCGAGUCCACAGUACAGUCACAAAAUAAUUGUUGCGUUCGGAACGGAAAAGCAAAUUAAGCAGGGGACCGCAACACCCCUCGCUGUGCAUAUCAAACGACCAGCCAGUACCCCGGAACCCGUCUGCGGUGUUUCGUACUACGGGGAGAAGAAUGAUCCGGCGGAGGCGCGUUUCGAUUUUUACCAGCAUCCAAUCGCACUUACAGUGAUCCGCAAUUUCGAACAAGCCCAGCUUUCAGCACAAGACGCUCAGGGCGACCCUGUAGCUGACGCCGCCGCUACAGAGAAACCAGACUCUUCCGCUGUGAGACUGUUUGUUGAACACGUGUGGAAAUCCGCGGUGCACACCUUCGACGUCUCCGUCUUGGUGGACGAGUUGCCGGCGUUGGAACAGUUGGCGUGCAGCAUCGCCGGGAGCGAGGAGGUGCGGCAGCUUGUGCCGCUGUGGCUGGAUGACGUGCUCAAGGAGCGAAUGGGCCAGGCGGCCGGGAGUGCGCCACGAAACGCAACAUGUUCGAACGCGGGGCCAGAGAAAGAACUGAACGCCGGGUCGGAAGAGAGGUCGAACGACGGGUCGGAGGAGAAGUCGAACGCCGGGGCGGAAGCGGAUCAUCCGACGGAAGCGGAUCAUCCGACGGAACCGGGUCCAGCAGAGGUGUGGAAGAGGUUGGUGGUUCAGAUCCAGGCGGUGCCUCUCAGUGAGUUUUGCGUGGAGUGCCUGACGGCGUCGGACGAGGAGUUGCAGACUGGGCAGGAGCAGUUCGGCAGCCAGGACGCAGACGCAGACAGAAGCGAGGAGAACGAUUAUUGCUGCGAACGCUGCCCGUCGGUACAACUCUUCAGCGCCGACAGUCGCCGCCGAGUACGGAGACUCACGCGCCACCUCCGCACACGCGUGCGACAAACGCUGGCUCCGCCCCCCGGCGUCGGUCGCUGGUUCUCCGCCGUCCCGUCGCGCAUGCAGCCCUGGCUCGACCGGGUCCUCGCCCGCCGGUCCUCGACAGACUUCGAAGAAGCCGUCUCGCUCAAAGACCUCAGCUCGCCCAGGGAACCCGCAGCGGGCGACUCGCUCGAAGGGGGUGACGGCUCGCUUGGGGAAGGUGACUCGCUCAGGGAAGCCGCAGAGGGCGACUCGCUCGAAGAGGGUGACGGCUCGCCCAGAGAAGGCGGAUGUCUCCGCCGCCUCCGCGUGAGCCGCCUGCGCGAGAGUGAAUGGCUCCAGCGUGUGCGCGAAAGUGAAUGGUUCGAGGGCGUGCGCGCGGACAUGCGUGAGGACGUGCAUGAAUUGCUUGACCGUUUGCGCUCGUUGCCGCACACGUGUCUGAAGCAGACACGACGCUUGCUGCGGUGGAUGCGGGCGAACCCGACGUUGGCGGUGGCAAGCGUGUGCGUCGGGAUGGUGGUGCCGGUGCUGUUCUGGGUGCACCUUUACCAGUUCACACACGCCGAGCCAGCGCCGCGUCGUGUCUGUCUGCCCGGCUGCGCCGGCUGGGACUGUCUUUGCAUGCCAACGCGAACACCAGCACUCGUUUGCGAAGGUGCCCAUUAUGCCGUGUACGACGUCUUCCGACCAACCGCCACCGAUCUCCGCCCCAUCAUGUCCGCUUUCGCCGAGACCAUCCCUCAGUUCAGCACCAAAGACUGCAGGUGCUAUUGCAGAGGCACAACCAGGGACGACGACUACUAG